ACUCGAUCCGAUCUGGUCAAACCGGACCACAAGACUUGUGCACAGCCCUACGUAGAUGUGCUGAUGAGUUUCGUGUUCGAAAACCGACGAUGUCGUCUCUAGCCCGGACGCCAUCGCUUGCAGCCUUGCAGAAUCUCAGAAGACAAAAGCCUUAAUCGGUUAAUCUUUAUCCGUCUUCCUGUCGGAUCCCUCGGAAAACCCAUAAAUCCCUUACACCGACCCGGAUUCAAGGUCUUCCAAUGGGUCUCGCCGGCUCCGAUCCCGAUUCUGAUACGUCUCGUCUCCUCAACAAUCCCGAAGGCCCGCCCAACAAGGUCCCCGAAGACAAGUGGCAUUUAGCCUACAUUAUUUACUUCAUCCUGGGCCUCGGUUACCUUCUUCCAUGGAACGCCUUCAUCACCGCGGUCGAUUACUUCUCCUACCUCUACCCUGAAGCCAGCGUUGAUCGCAUCUUCGCCGUCGCUUACAUGCUCGUCGCUCUCGUCUCCCUCUUCAUCAUCAUCCUUUACAGCCACAAAUCCCAUGUCUAUGUGCGAAUCAACGUUGGUCUAGCGAUGCUUACGGUGGCCAUGCUCAUAGUUCCCAUCAUUGAUGCUGUGUACAUUAAGGGUCGGGUCGGGUUGUAUGACGGGUUCUAUGUGACGGUCGGAGCAAUUGGGCUUGCGGGUUUAGGUGAUGCUCUGGUUCAAGGUGGAAUCGUUGGGUCUGCUGGUGAGUUGCCGGAUAGGUACAUGCAAGCUGUUAUUGCAGGCACUGCUGCUUCUGGUGUCCUUAUUUCUUUCCUGAGGAUAUUCACGAAAGCUGUUUACUCUCAAGAUGCCAUUGGCCUGCAAAAGAGUGCAAACCUCUACUUCUCUGUAGGAAUCGUAGUUAUGUUCAUAUGCACGGUUUUGUACAAUGUAGCGCACAAGCUUCCUGUUAUGAAGUACUAUAGUGAACUCAAGGUUCUGGCUGUCACAGAGGAUAGCGAAGUUCAAGGUCCUCUUACUGGAUCUGUUUGGAGGGCAACUCUGUGGGAUAUUGUGGGCAGAGUGAAAUGGUAUGGAUUUGGCAUGCUUCUUAUAUAUAUUGUGACUCUUGCCAUAUUUCCUGGGUACAUCACAGAAGAUGUGAGCUCUCAACUUCUCAAGGAUUGGUAUCCAAUUCUCCUUAUCACAUGCUACAAUGUGUUCGAUCUUGUUGGCAAGAGUUUAACUGCUGUGUAUCUCCUUGGGAAUCCAAAAAUUGCAGUAGGAAGUUGCAUAGCAAGAUUGCUGUUCUUCCCUCUCUUCCUCGUGUGCUUGCACGGUCCCAAAUUCUUCCGAACAGAGAUUCCUGUGACGAUACUGACUGGCCUGUUAGGGCUUACGAAUGGUUACCUAACCAGUGUAUUGAUGAUUUUGGCACCUAAAGUCGUAAAGUUGCAGCAUGCAGAGGCUGCAGGUACUGUGAUGGUAUUAUUCCUGGUUGUUGGUCUGGCUUCUGGAUCUGUUUUAGCUUGGUUUUGGGUCAUCUGAUCAAUCAAUUUGUAUGAAUUCGUGGCUUCCAACAAUCAGGAGUCAGAACAUGGUUGGAUGUUUUGUUUGUUGUAAAUUAUGUCAAUUCAAUGAGGUGAUGCUUUUUUAGUGCUGCUUCUGCUUGUACUUCCUUUAUCAACGUUAUUGCAUGUACUUGUGACGCACCAGAAUAGAAAGACACAAAAUGAAAGCCAAAAGCUGGUUGGUAUGUUAA